AUGUACACCAAUGACCUGGUUUGGAGUGAUGAAUGGGCCAAGAAGGCACUGGAUUGGGCAAAGUCUCCAGAGUACAGUGAAAAUGUAGAUCCUGAUUUGGUUGUUGCAGGAAGGGGCUUGAUUGUCAAUGCGAGUGACAAGCCAGUAUGGCAAAAAAUACUCGACGUCUUAGAAGGCCAGUUUGAUGAAGCAGAAGCAGAGAAAGAGUUUGCUCUGCGGCUGCCCAAAAGUGCUGCAUUCUCUGGGCCGACAGCUGUUCCAGAUAUCAACAAAUGUGCUCCACUGUUAAUGGUGUGCGAUCUCUGUGUCGCCGCAAAAACACGGCCGCUUCUGGGUGUGGUCUCUCAUACUCUCAAUCUUUGA